CGUAUGUGCAUGUCCACUUCCCCUGUCGCUCUCUCCCUCUGCUCUCCGUCGUCCCAGAGGUCAAUUCAUCAAUCAUCGAUAUUCCGUCCUGUUUCGUCCAAUUCAAACCGCCCCCCUCGAAAAUCUUCGGCUUCCUUGGGAUAGUCCCUGUUACCAACUAUUGGCGCCUCUUUAUGACCAGUUUUCUUUCUUGUACAAUGCCGCAUCUCGUCAUCCUCGCCCAUAGAUAGCCCUUAUUCGAUCUUGUUACCGUGCUCGCUCGCCGGCUGGCGUCCCUCAUCGCACACAUUUCCCUUGCCCUUCCGCACAUCCCCCAUGCAACCUCUCAGCCAAUCCUUCCUGAGACCGGUUUGAUACUUCUCUAGCACCCCGAUAUCUGAUACAGCAUUCCACGGCGCCCUAUUCAGCCUGUCCUCCUGCUGCAGCGCACGAACCAGACCUGUCCCUGAGAUUCCCUGAUUCGUCAUCGAGCUGGAGGGCAGCGGGCGGAAUAGGGGAACGCUCAUCUACACCCACCACCGUCCACAAUGCGCCGAAAGCCAGCCCCCAACCCGUUGUCCCUGUCUGACGAUUCCGAUUCCGUGGGCGAGCGGUCCGCUGCCAAUGCCAACACCACCCUUACCUUCCCCGAUCCCACCGCCUUAGAGAUAGACAGGUCGAGCCCGCGCCCUACCCUCGCCAGCGAGAGCAGUCUUCACGUCGUCUCGUCGACAUCGUCCAGGUCGCCCAAGUCCCCUCGCUCCCCUCUGAGCAAGUUCAACCUGGCAAAGACGGCCCAGGCGCAUGCCGACACAUACCAGCUGCCGCCACAACUCCCCGACGAGGCGCACAUCGCUCAGCAUCGCCAACACGAAGGCCCCCAUUACGCCGACCCAGGCUUCCCGUCCCUGAACGCCGCACCGCCGCCAUCCCACGCCCCGUCCGCUUACUCGACUACGUCUGCUCGUUCGGCGAGAGAAAACGAAAAACAUUCGAGAAGCGCCAGCCGUUUCUUCAACUUUAGCACCAAAGUGACCAGGUCUGCCAACCAGCUCCACCAUAGCCACUCCGAAAGCACGAGCAUGGACGAAGUCAUAUCCCGUGGCGCAGAGAAUCCUGUCAUAUCAGAUAAGGCGUCGAGCAAGCAUUCUAAGAAUUCAGACCUGUCCUCUGUCGAUCCUCCGAAUCAGAAGUCAGCCCCAUCUUUACCAUCCAGGUCAGAUGUCUCAUUGGUAUCGACUAAUGAGCAGGAUUCCAACACGCCCAGGAAGAAUAAGCCGAAACCUUUUGCGCUCCUCGGCCGCAACAGAUCAUUGAAGGACAAUAAAGAUGAGCAUAGCCCGAAAGACCAAGUCACGAUCAAGCUGAAUGAGGCCGAGGGGGAUACGUCCGUGGUGGGCAUGCAACCUUUGAAGACGGCGCCCAUGAACCCAGACGGCUACGAGCGGUCUUUCAGACACAUGAUGAAUUCAGGAGCGCGGAACCACUCUGCCGACAGGGCGCCUCGAGAUGCACCGGGACACAAAGAACAUCGAAACGAUAAAGACCGCGACCGGGGCCAUCCUUCUUCCUAUAAGGACAGUAACGGUUCCGCAUUCUUCGCCGGCCUCAAAAACUCGGGUAGCCGAGCCGCCGACAUGAUCAGCAAAGGAUUGUUUGGGAGAGGCGUACGAAGUGCCAGCACCACCGAGAGGGAUGCGGUCGACGAUGAACACUACUUGCUGAAGGUCAUAAAUUUGCCCCUGGUCGAGCAGACGCGAUUGACGAGGAUAUCCAAACGGCUGGAAGAUUCUCGGGACAAGACUGAAUUCUGGAUGCCCGCCUUCCCCUGGAGAGCGAUUGACUAUCUCAAUCUCAAGGGAACCGAGGUCGAGGGUCUCUAUCGGGUACCUGGGAGUGGUCCUCAGAUCAAGAAAUGGCAAAGGAAGUUUGAUGAAGAAUACGACGUCGACCUAUUCGCGCAGGAUGACCUUUACGAUAUCAAUAUCAUCGGUUCGAUGUUCAAGGCCUGGCUCCGCGAGCUUCCCGACGAGCUUUUCCCGAAGGAAGCCCAGGAGCGCAUCGCUCGAGAGUGCGCCGGGGCGGAGAGGGUGCCCCAGCUUUUGAUCGACGAGCUUUCCAACCUAUCGCCAUUCAACUACUACCUACUCUUUGCGAUCACAUGCCACCUCAGCUUACUUCUCGCACAUUCCGAAAAGAACAAGAUGGACUUUCGAAACCUCUGUAUCUGCUUCCAGCCCUGCAUGAAAAUCGACGCCUUCUGCUUCAAAUUCCUUGUUUGCAAUUGGAGGUCGUGUUGGCAAGGGUGCAAGAACGAAGCCAAAUAUAUCGAAGAAGAAUACAUGCUGUUCCGACAACCGAUACCUCGAGGGCUGAGUUCCGAUCUGCGAAACCAAGUCGGGGGCGAGACGCAGGAAGACCGGAACCUGUCUUCGUCGGACAGCAGCAAGUUGUCGGCGCCGCCGGUCGAGCAGCGUCACGGAAAAGUGAGGAGGAAACCCCUGGCAUCAGGCCACUCAAACGGGAGUAUGGCAUCGAACUAUUCGACUGCGUCAACAUCCCUGACUGUGAACAGCGAGCAGGAGACACCACGACAGCGGACCGGAGAACGAGACCUGAGACCGCUUUCGCCGAUCAAGCCGCUUUCUCCGAUGAAUUUCUCUUGACGAUUAUACUUACGCUCCUGUAUGCACAUCUAUCUAGAGGGCAAGGGGAGGGCGUUAGUCCUGCAUCGGGUAUGCCGCCCUCCGACUCGAUAAUACCACAAGGGGGUCACUGAAUGCAUCCCACGCCAUCUGCUCUGGUGGUUGGUCCUCUUUGAGACGACAUUACGUUCUGUUACGAUUUCUCUCCCACCCUCCCUCAUCUUUUUUUUUGAAGCCUUCUACCAUUGUCGCCCGAGCUCGCCGGCGCCGAAUUAAUCGUGCCCGCCUCGCCCCACCCGCAGAAGCACAUGCGGAUUUCGGCUCUCUAUCCUGGU